UUUGGUUAUGCACUUCCGCUCAAGGUAACUACAGACGCCAUUUUCUGGUGUCCAGAUAGAAAAGAAACUAGAUAGGCAUACUAUGGGUUCUGGAGCGAGUAACGAAGCCGUCGGAGUUCCAGCCAACCCUCGGAUGAUCUAUUCCGAUGCUUUAGGGAAGAGAGAAAGGAAGCGUCUACGUAUUGAUGCUCCAGUCUUGGUAGAUGUAGAACAUGGUUCCAUCCGCUACAGGUACGGAAACAAGGAUUCAUCCGAGAAUGUAGAUCCACACAAGACCAAGGGAAAACCAUUUGAGGGAACGGACAGGAUCGACAAAGAUCACUACUUCUACCAUGCAAGACUCAACGACUUCAGCGAGAAGGGUUCUCGUGAAAAGGAAGAUGACUUCAAGUUUAUGUAUGUGCAGAAAGGCCCCAAUCGGGCUAAACAAAAGAAAUUAUUUUACGUAUACGGAAGAGGAUGGAAUGCUAUGGAUGGAAAACGGACCCUUCCCACAGAAUCUAAACAGGAAGGCAAAGAUUUUGCGUGGCCAGUGGAGACAAGGAUUCCUAAUGAUGUGUACUACAAUGUAAACUUUAUACCCCAGGAAGCUGAACUAUUGGAGGAAUCAGCUGAGGACAGACUUAUUGUAGAUCUAUCGUCUACUGCCAACAAACAGGAAAUAGAACUCAGUUUGACAGAUGCAGAUACAGCAAAGGACAUACAGAAAAAGAUUGCAUACAAAAUUCUCAAGUCAGCGAGUAAUAUCCACAUAUGUCAUAAGGGGAAGGAGAUCAGAGAUGAAGAUGUGAUUGGUGACCUUAGGGACCCAGAAGAAGGCAGCUGGACAGUAUUUAAAGUGACCAUGAGGCUUAUCUAAGUUACACUGUCGGGAAGUAAAAUAAAUAGCACUGGAUCUUUCAGUAUUCUGAUGAACUUUCAUAUUCUUAUUGAAGUUGCAGUAAUUUUGGGAGGUGUUAGAUAACUUGUUUAAGAUCAGUUAAGUUUUUAUGAUAGUUCUGAAAUAAGCCCAUAAUGACCAGAGUUUAAGGGUAUAGAAUUAAAUUGGUGAUUUAGAGAAAAAGCUGCCAUUCGAUAAUGCCAGUAUUUGGUUGUGGAGCCUCCGUGUAAUACCAGUACAGUGUCAAGCGAUAGUCUGUACAGCUCUCGACACGGGUGACUUGCCCCGACAUUUUCCCCUCCGCGUGGUGAAAAAAUUGUACGGUUUAUUGCGGGAAAUUUACUAAUGAAAAGUAUGUUCCGUUCCCAAAAUGGGGUUCCGGAAUCCGAAUCCGAAUUUCAGGACUGUUGAGUACAAAUAACGUUACGGAAAUCUGGUCCUGUGCAUUUCCAUCCAGACUGCGAGUUUUCCGGCCUAUCGGCGUCCGGAUUAUCGCGGGUCCACUGUAUUCACAAUAAAACCUCAUGAUACAAUUAUAAGAUUUUUUUGGCAUUUUAAAAAGGUGUAGCAAUAUAUAUUAAGCGUUAUGCUAUAAUUCUCAAAUUAUUUAAGAAUGAAAUAGAAAAGGGAUCUAGAGAUAUGUUGGCAGUAAGCCUUUUGGAAUGACAUUAUAUAAAGGUUUCACUUGGUGAUGUAUAGAGGUUGGAUGUUUACCAGGUAAGAUAUGGUACUUAAAACAUUUUACAUGACAAGGAAUGCCAUUAAUAAAUUAACUGUUCCAUAAAUGAGAUAUGUACUAGGAAUUGAUGUUUUGAAGUUUCUCUAGAUACAUUGUCGUAAUAAUUAGCAAUGUAAGUGGUUUUCAGUUCCUGGAAACUGAAGGUUUCUGAACAGCGAUGGUUUUUUUUAUUAAUUGAUGUCAAUAUUAAUAUUGAUUAUAAUUAAUCUUUUUUUUUAUUGAAACUUGAAAACUAUUGAUCGAUUUCCACUGUUUUUUACACUGUAUUAAUUAAAUUAACUAAAUUUUCUUAUAUUUUAUGAGGGAGAAAACAUGCAGGAAGUUUGAAAAGCAAAUAUCCAUGUAAAAUCACCAAUAUAUGUUGUAGUAUAAAUCAAUACUAAUAUGUAUAUGAAUAAUUCUAUGCAAUGAUUAAAUAUCUGUCUCUGUAAUCUCGGUUCCUUCCCUGAUAACAUGCUGGACAUGUAAAGCUGUUUUAUCUUACUUUUAUUCUUAGUUGUCAUUUUAGCUUUAUAUAAUGAUUAGGUAAUAAUAUUCAUAAUAAUUUUU